CAGUGUUUGUAUCCACGCUUAUCUAUGACCGUAGUUAUUAUCAUUGAGUACGAUAUGGUUAUUAUAAUAUAGUGAUUAGUGAAUAACACCGAGGUAAUUUGUUGUUACCAACUUUCUUUAUAUAAACGUGUAAACAAAUUGUUGUGUGAUUUAAUGGGCAAUGACAAAUGUUUUAUUUGAGAUUAAAUAUAAUUAUGAUGUGAAAAUAUUAUUUAAAAAAAUGAAUCUUUAACCAUUAAUUAUGUUUUUUCAAAUUUUAUUGUAUGCUUUAAUUACAUUAUGUAUUGUAUUUAUUAUAUUAUCUAUAUUUAUCAUUGGGUUACGAUGGCACUACGCUAGCAAAAAAAGAAAAUGCCCAUCUCAAUUCAGCAUAGCAUUUUUCCAUCCUUAUUGUAAUGCUGGUGGCGGUGGUGAACGUGUUCUAUGGUGUGCUGUUACUGCUAUCAGUACUACAUACCCUAAAGUAAAAAUUGUCAUUUACACUGGCGAUUUAGAUGUAUCGCCCGAUGAAAUAAUCAAACGUGCAAAACAACGAUUCAAUAUUACACUACCAAAUAAUUUAGAGUUUAUUUAUUUACACAGACGAAGAUGGGUGGAAGCUGAAAAUUACCCUUAUUUUACUCUAUUGGGGCAAAGUAUUGGGUCAAUUGUGUUGGGUGUAGAAGCAUUGCGUUUGUUUCAGCCAGAUAUUUAUGUCGAUACUAUGGGUUAUGCGUUUACAUUUCCUUUGUUUAGUCUUAUUGCUAGUUGUAAAGUGAGUUGCUAUGUACAUUAUCCAACAAUAAGUACAGACAUGAUAAAUAAAGUUAUUCUACAAAAAGGAAAACGUAGAACAAUAUCUUAUAUUAAACUUGUAUACUAUCAGUUAUUUGCACAUCUUUAUGGCUUAGUUGGCUGGUUUACAGAUUCCAUCAUGGUAAAUAGUUCAUGGACUGAAGAACAUGUAAAUAAUCUUUGGAAACGGCCCUUGAGUACUUAUAAAGUAUAUCCGCCGUGUGAUACAUCUGAUUUACAAAGUUUACCUUUGGAAAGACAGAAAAACAAAACUAUGAAAAUUAUAAGCUUGGCACAGUUUAGACCAGAAAAAGAUCAUCCAUUACAGUUGAAAGCAAUGUAUCAUCUUCGACAAAUUGUGAAUGAAAAACUCUGGGAUAAUAUUGAGCUUGUUUUUGUUGGAUCGACAAGAAAUAAAGAAGAUGAAAUGCGAGUUGUUGAUAUGAAGGAUUUGUGUAAACAUUUGUCAUUAGAGAAUAAUGUUAAGUUCAAAGUAAAUGUUAGCUACAAUGAACUUAAAACUGAACUAUCUGAAGGUAAUAAAAUCAAUUUAAAUUGGUUAAUUAUAUAUUAAAAGAAUUGUUUUGUUUCCAGGAUUAAUUGGUUUACAUGCAAUGUGGAAUGAACACUUUGGGAUUGGAGUUGUAGAAUGUAUGGCUGCUGGAUUAAUAAUGAUAGCUCAUCGUUCUGGUGGUCCCUUAAUGGACAUAAUUAUUGAAAACGGGGCUGGACAAAACGGAUUUUUAGCUACAAAUGAAGUAGAAUAUGCUCACUUUAUUCAUAAGGCACUAUUGUUGUCAGAUUCUCAAAAACUUUCAUUACAAAAAGCUGCCAGGGGAUCAGUAAAUAGGUUUUCUAAUCAAGAAUUUCAUGACAACUUUUUGAGAGCUAUACAGCCAUUGUUUAAUAUUAAAAAAUUUAAGUAGUUAAUUUAUUUUAAAUAAAAUUUUAUGCAUUUG